AUGCAUCAUUAUUGGGCAUCAUGUCGUAGUGUCUUUGUAUUCCGCUUGGGGGACAUCAUCGGUCUUUUGAAGCAAAUUGACGUCACGCAAUUGGUACCUACGCCAUUUUACACAAAUUAUGGAGGACAAGGCGUCAUUAAAGGAACUGGAUCAAUGGAUAGAACAGCUAAACGAAUGCAAGCAAUUGACAGAAAACCAAGUGAAAACGUUAUGCGAAAAGGUUGGUACGAUGUUGCAGAAGAGAUCCUGACCAAAGAGUCUAACGUCCAAGAGGUGAAUUGUCCAGUGACGGUAUGUGGGGAUGUUCACGGUCAGUUCCACGAUUUGAUGGAACUGUUCCGUAUAGGUGGAAGGUCACCGGACACCAACUAUCUGUUCAUGGGUGACUACGUGGACCGCGGCUACUACAGCGUUGAGACAGUCACAUUGCUUGUAGCGCUUAAGGUCAGAUAUCGGGAGAGAAUAACAAUCCUCCGCGGCAACCACGAGUCGCGUCAGAUAACCCAGGUUUACGGUUUCUACGACGAGUGUCUCCGUAAAUACGGCAACGCGUCCGUAUGGAAGCACUUUACGGAUCUGUUCGACUUCCUGCCGCUGACUGCCCUGGUAGAUGGGCAGAUCUUCUGCCUCCACGGAGGCCUGAGUCCGUCUAUAGACACGUUGGAUCACAUUAGGGCUCUGGACCGCGUUCAGGAAGUUCCACACGAGGGACCCAUGUGUGAUCUGCUCUGGAGUGAUCCCGAUGAUAGAGGCGGUUGGGGUAUAUCUCCUCGUGGGGCUGGCUAUACUUUUGGUCAGGACAUAUCGGAGACAUUCAAUCACAGCAACGGCCUGACACUAGUGUCCCGAGCCCAUCAACUCGUGAUGGAAGGAUACAACUGGUGUCACGAUAGAAAUGUGGUCACUAUAUUCUCAGCACCCAAUUACUGCUACAGAUGUGGUAACCAAGCUGCCAUAAUGGAAUUGGAUGAUGCGCUUAAGUAUUCAUUCCUUCAGUUCGACCCGGCGCCUCGACGUGGCGAGCCGCAUGUCACGCGGCGGACGCCGGAUUAUUUCAUGUAG